UCGCCAUUGUUGCGGCAAUUUGCCGCAAGCCACUCGUCUGAAGCUGGCAUAAUGAUGCACGUAAAUGAAGCCACAAGUCAAAGACCAGACUCGGCUUAGAGUCGAGUCACGAAGCCGGUUUUUAUCGGUUGACUUCCCUUCAUCGAGCCAGUCACAAAUAGUCCGCAGCUCUGUUCGGAGUAUAUGUUGCUUAUUUUUGUGCCUCACUCGAGCCAGGAGCUACCAGUGAAAAGUUUCCAAGAAUGCGUUCGACCAGGAAAUACGGUAAUUUCCAAUAGGAAAUUGUAUUCGUUGUAGUUUCAGUUAUCGUAGUUGGUAGUUCAUGAAACGUUCAUGAAACACGUUUUUAACAGUGAUAAUAAUCUAAGUGCGAAUUACAAUGUAAUCGCUUGAUGUAUCGUCAUAAUUCAAGCAAUGCAACGAGAAAUGAGAAACUACGUUUUAUUUCAAAGAAAUUUUUGCAGUCUGCGAUCGACUCCAAGGCACGAAAGAAACAAAGGAUCGACGCCGUACGCUUGUCAUUCCUAUAGGAAUCGUAACGUGAAAGUGGAAGCAGUAUCUCGAUGAUGAUCGAUAAAAUGUCACGUGGUAAAGCUGAUAGAGGUUGGGCGUGGAUAAUAGUCAUCGGCGUGACAAUCAUUAAUCUGGCGGUACUUCCAAUACAGCAAAGCUUCGGGCUAAUCUUUAGGGAACGUUUUUUUUCACUCAAUAUAACCGCAACACAGACAUCGUUAAUUGUACAUUUGAAUGGUACCAUUACAAGCAGUCUAGGUCUGAUAAGCGGUCUAAUGAUGAAGAAAUUCACGUUUCGAAAAGUUGCCUUUCUUGGUGGUCUUAUCGUUGCCAUUGGAAUCUGUGCGACUGCAUUCGCAGUCUCUCUCCCCGCCAUUAUUAUCACUUAUUGUAUUAUCGUCGGUAUCGGUCAUGGUAUCAUUUUUCCAGCCACGAAUCUCGCGAUGAACACUUAUUUUCGGAAAAAACGAAAUGUGGCUAUGGGAUUGUCAGUAACUUUAACUGGCCUUGGACCUAUUUUGAUGCCACUUCUAGUAGCAAAAUUAUUGGAAAAUUAUGCUACCACUGGGACUCUUUUGAUUAUCGCAGGUAUAGCGAUACAUUCAUUGAUCGGGGCAGCACUAUUGAAACCAUUUCAGGAAAAAGAAAUUACAAGUAUAACAAAGGACAAUGACAUCACGGCAUCUUCCGCAGAGAGCAAUGAAAACAGGAUACUGAAAGAAGUCAAAAGAUUAAAAAUUGAAAGCGUAACUGAUGUCAAAAACGACGGUGCUAAUUCUAAAUUAUUGAAAGAACGAUUGGAACAAAAUACGAGCAAUUCUGAGCAGAAUUUAUCAGAAAAUGUGAAUAGCGAAAAUAACAUACGAGAGAAGAAGUCGAUUUUGAGAGAAAUAACACAGCAUAUGGAUCUUGAUCUUUUAAAGGAUAGUCGUUAUGUCGCCGUCAUCCUAGGUAUGGGAGUGUCUUUAGUCGCUGAAACAAACUUCAACAUUAUGAUUCCUUUCGUCCUAACCGAACUUUCUGGUCUUGAAAGGGACUCGAUCGCAACCAUAAUGUCUAUCCAAGCUGUGUCAGAUAUUACCGGACGUCUUUGCAUUCCACUCCUUGCGCACAAAGCUGGUUGGACGUCCAGGAACCUUUACGUGUUGUCUUUAAUAGGAUCCACCAUUGGAAGGACCAUAUUAUCAACGUGGGGCAGUACGUACAUUGUGGUAAUCGGCGUUGCAUUAAUUAUUGGAAUUGCUAAAGGAAUGAAAGCUGUCUUCCAAACGCUAAUAAUUCCUGACUAUGUAUCUCUUGACAGACUUCCAGCUGCCUAUGGGAUGCAAAUGGUUUGCAAUGGUAUAUUAUCUAUUGCAAUAGGCCCAUUAAUAGGUUUAGUACAUGAUCAAAUGAUGAGCUACGUAGGCGCACUCCAUUUCACAUCAAUUUUAAGUUUAUCUUGUGUUGUUUUAUGGUACAUGGGAGGACUUUGGACAUUUAAUAAAAGCAUUAAAAAACAUAGCGCAAGAGAAGAAAUGUCUCAAACACAAGAAAAUUUCCCUGAAUGUAAUGCAUAAUCAUUUGUAACAAAAUUUAACAAAAUUUUUAAUAAAAUAAAAUGGUUAAGUAUCUUCCACGAAUAUGAUGUAAAAUUUAGGCUUCGUGAUUUCGAAGCAUAAUAUGGAACAUUGGAAUCGGAAUAAUAUUGCAAGGUUUAGAAAGAGAAUGUUAUUAGUAUUAAAUGUUUAUGUUCAACGACGUGCUAUUUAAUAUUAAGUUAUUAAAUCAAGCUAUCUACGACUGAUUCUUAUAUAAUGUUAAAGACUCCUCGAGUGAUGAAAAACUUAAAUUAUUUAAUAGAGUAUAUGUGUAAAAUAUAGUUUUAUGAUAUAUUACAGUUUUGUAAUAAAGCCAUAUAAGAGACAAAUUGAUUAACUCUGUUAGAAUUUCUCGUUUAAUUUCUGAAAAAUUGGACGUUAUCCAUCUGAUAAAAUCUAGUACUAAAAUUGAAAAUCUUUGGGAAAACGAUGUUUAUCACUUUGUCUUUUGAAUGGCUGAAUUAAUAAUAUCACAUAAUGUUGUCAUAAAAUAGUUAUUUUAUUUUGCUAUCAAAUUUUAUGCUGUACGGAGCUACGUAAAAACUCAAAAGAAGAGAAAAAUAAACAGUACAAUGUUUGCAAAUACUCUA